UGAAGAACACGCCAGAGCGAGGAGCUGCUGGGCGCACAUAUCUCGCGAACAGCACCCAGAAACCACAGCGCGACGCUGCCACGGCACGCUCUGACGCUCGCUCGCUCGCAUGAGUCCCAUCCCAGGCCGCGAAUGCGGUGCCAAAGCAACGAGCAAGCAAACAGGCAGUUUCGACUUUCGAUUGGGCGAAGCGCGUGGAAAAUCCACCGCGCCAACGACACCAGAGCGGCGUCGGAUCGUGGCCUCGUGCAGCGGCAUCCGCAGCCUCAGCCGCAGCAGGAAUAAUGAAUCGUCAUGAAAUCCUCGUUGCCGAGCCCGCACACAGGAACGGGGGAGUAAGCGGAUCGGCCAGAAGAUUCCGCACCUACGCGCACCACCUAUACAAGGCCUACAAGGCGAGGCGAUAUCCCAAAUCCGAGCGUUUCAUCUCGCCCUCUGCUCUGCCCCCCUCAUCAGUCAGCACACGUUCUCCCCAGGUUCAGUGUUGACUUGAGUUGAGGCCCGGCAGUUAGUUUGUCUCUGCAGCCAUGCCUCAAGUCCAGAACACCGGGCGAAACUGCACACUCCUAGCUGUUCUUUGUGGGGAGAUUGCCGAGAAGCGGCAGACGCCAGCUCCCCUGGCACCAGACACAAAGCGAGUGCGGAUGUCAUACCCCUUCCCGGAGCUCGCUUCGUCUGGGAGAUUGGAGGUGCACACACUAAUCAAUCCCACUUUGGAGCAAUUUAGAGAGGCACAGCAGGCGGUGCAUCCUGUCUUCUUGUAUCUUCAAGGGCAGCAGCAAGAGAAUGAGAAGGAGAUUGGGACACUUGUCUGGGGCGAUACCGAUUUAUCUGACCCGCAGAUGUUUGUUUCACUCAUCACCCCACCAUUUCCGACCAUGGUUUAUUUGGAGGUUCCCAUUGGCGAAAAGCUUGCGCAGUCACUUCAUUCAAAGGGGAUACCAUAUGUGGUAUAUUGGAGGAAUUCAUUUUCGUCUUAUACAGCAUCUCAUUUUCGUCAUGCGUUAAUGUCAGUCAUUGAGAGUUCCUGCAGCCAUACAUGGGAUGCAUUUCAACUUGCACAUGCCUCCUUUCGACUAUACUGUGUAAGAAAUAAUUAUGUGCAAAGUGUUAAGCUUGGCCCCUGCCUACUAGGGGAUGCCCCAAAAAUAAAUGUCAUCCCUGCUGGGAAUGAAGUGAACAAGGAAGAAGGCUGCUCUGAAGGUUUUCCACCUAUAAGAAUCUAUGAUGAAGAUGUGAACAUGAAAUUUCUUGUCUGUGGAGCACCAUGCACCCUGGAUGCAUGUUUGUUGGGCGCACUAGAAGAUGGUUUGACUGCGCUGUUGAAUAUUGAGAUUCGUGCGAGUAAACUUCAGAGCCGAUCCAGUGCUCCUCCACCUCUUCAAGCUGAAAAUCUUCCACAUGGAGUUGUUACAAUGCGCUGCGAUAUCUCAACUUGCAGUUCUGCACACGUGUCAUUUCUUGUUUCUGCCAGUGCCCAAACUUGUUUUGAUGAUAAGCUUCUAGAGAGCCGUAUCAAGAAUGAAAUUAUUGAGAAGAGGCAGUUAGUUCGUGCUCUAUCGAAUACUGAGGAUAACAAGCCAUCAUAUGAACCUUUGCCUUCCAUGUGUGUGGCUUGUGGAGCUUCUACUUUUGAAGUCUGGAUAACCCUGCCUAAAUGGGCAGCACAGGUCUUGAAACAGCUUGCGCCAGAAAUCUGUUACAGAAGCUUGGUUGCACUUGGAAUUGCUUGGGUAAAUGGUACACCAGUGUCCUCAUUUGAUAGGCAGGAUGCUGAUCGGCUGCUUUUCUUUUGCUCUAACCAGUGCAAAGAUAAAGCUAUUCAAAAUGUCUCAUAUGCCCAUCUAUCAAGCUGGUCAGCAUCCCUUACUAAGGAUAGAACUACUGGAAGCAUCGAGUCAAAACAGAUGUCAUUUGGUGCCAAAGGAGUUGGAGGGGAUAAUAAGAUGUCCCUAUCAUCAUUGAAACCAAGGUUAAAGCCUGCAACAAUGAGACCCAUUCCCCACUCUCGCAAGCAACAAAUGCAUCCCUUUAUGGGGUUUGCUCAGUCCAUCCAUGAUGCUAGUCCAGUUAAGCCUAGCUUACCAGCCCCUCCUGUAAAGGACAAUACAGUACCUGUUAUCAAAGUGACUCAAAGAAAAUCAUCAUCCGGGUCACCAUCAUCCUCAUCACGUGUUCAGCCAUCAAUCCCAUUGAAUCCUCUGCCAAUGAAGAAGCAUGAGUGCAAUCGGUUGCCUAUCAACAUUUGCUCUGAAGAAGACUUCUUGAAAGAUGUCAUGCAGUUCCUACUUCAAAGGGGCCAUGACCGACUUGUACCUCAGGGAGGACCGGCAGAAUUUCCUGAUGCAGUGUUAAAUUCAAAGCGUCUUGAUUUAUAUAAUUUAUACAAAGAGGUGGUAUACCGAGGUGGCUUUCAUGUAGGCAAUGGCAUAAAUUGGAAAGGUCAAGUCUUUUCAAAGAUGCGCAACCAUACAGUUACAAACAAAAUGACGGGUGUUGGGAACACCCUAAAAAGGCAUUAUGAGACAUACUUGCUGGAAUAUGAACUUGCACAUGACGAUAUUGAAGUGGAAUGUUGCUUGAUCUGCCACAGUAGUGAUCUGGGUGAUUGGGUGAACUGUGGAGUAUGUGGAGAAUGGGCCCACCUUGGCUGUGAUAGACGGCAAGGGCUAGGCAAUUUCAAGGACUACUCAAAGACAGGCGGGCUGGAAUACAUUUGUCCCCACUGUAGCCAUGCGAAGUCACCAUUGCCUGUACAAGUAGGCAAUGACUCAUAGAAUAUACAGCAUCUGCACCAUGAAAUAUGUCAAUUAGCUUAUGUUAUUUUUCACCUGUUACCCCCCAAUUCUUAGGGGUGAUGGUGUGGGUAGAGAAUAGUGGCUAUGGAUGUGCAGAUUGUAGUGUUGACCUGUAUUAUUGAAUAUGAUCCAGAAGUUUUAAAGUUGAUACACCGGCAACUCAUGUCCAAAUCUUGUUAUUUGAUUACUUGUAUGUGUUCCUGCAACAGUUGAAGGCCCCCCCUUUGGAAAUUGGAAUGCAGGAUUUCCUCCCUA